AUGGAGUGGUCUUCCCGGGAGCUGUUCAUCAACUUCACCAUUGUCCUGGUCACGGUUGUGCUCAUGUGGCUUCUCGUGAGGUCCUACCAGUACUGA